ACUCUAUAAUAUAUUGGGUCAAUUACCCAGAGAUACUAAAGUUUAUUGUGGACAUGAAUGCGCUCUGAAUAACCUUCAGUUUGCAAAUACAAUAGAUCCAAAUAAUCAAUAUAUACGCAAACAAUUGGCAUAUUCACAAAUGAAUCAGGUCACCGUGCCUAGUAUACUUGAAGAUGAGUUUAAAUAUAACCCAUAUUUAAGGCUUUCAGAGAUUUCCAUCCAACAAGCUACAAACGUAACAGAUCCAUAUGAAGUAAUGCAUGUACUACGAGUUUUGAACGAUAAUUUCAACAACCAAAGUAAUGGAAUAAACGGACUAAGUAAUGGCGUGAACGGAGUGAACGGAAUAAAUGGAGUCAGUAACGGAGUUAAUGGGGUCAGCAACGGAGUAAAUGGAAUGAACGGAAUGAAUGGAAUCAACGGGAUUACAGAAAUUUUCGAUUCAUAUUUAAAGAUGAAUAUAUAUAGUGCGGAUGAUUUAAAUACAUUAAAUACGAUAAUUCGAAGGAAAGGAUGAAGGAGAAAAAAGAAAA